CCGGCAUAAAAAGUUAGAUCUUUAGGAAAUCCGAAGCGAAAAUGCGGGCGAACAACCACAUCCACAGCCAGAUCCGCUGCAUCAAGAAGUCCAUGUUCGUCGAAGCAGAGAGGAGCUAACCCUAAAGAGAUCACCGCUCUCAACAAAACAAGAACAGCAGCCGGGCAGUAGUAGGCAGCUGCAUUUACUCCAUCCUACUGCCUACGCUGCCGGAAAGCAUCACAACUGAUCCACGGAUCAGGACGUGGAUGACGGCUCUGACCCGGACUCCCGACGGCGUGAUCCUGGCCCUCUCUCUCUGUGAAUAAAGAGAGGAGUGUAGGCAGGGGAAAGAAAGAGAGGAGUGUGUCUGUAAAUAAUAAAGCAGCAGCGGCGGCAAAAGAAGGGAAUGGGAUUGGAUUCAUCUUCCUCCCUCUCUCUUUCUCUCUCUCUCUCCCUCUGAUUCCAUGGCGCACUGAAAAGGAUUGGGUGCUGCCCGCCGGAUCUAUCCCCCCGCUUCCCUCUUCCUCAUCUUCUUCUUCCCAACCUCAGAGCAGCAGCACUCCCUCACCUCCGAUUUCAGAGAACCUACCCACCUUCCUUCCAUCCUUCCGUGUCAAAUCCCCCAACCUAGAUAGAUAGACAUACACACAGACAGACAGACAGAUGGCGGCCUCCGCGCCCGCGCCGGCCACCUCCAGGCGCCCCAAUGCCACUCCCGCAGCAGACGCCGCCGCGCCCUCCACCUCCACCUCCACGACAUCCCCUCCUCCUUCCUCCCCGCCGUCCGCUCCACCUCCAAAGCUCGCCGCCUCGCCGCCUGCCGCGCUCCCACCUCCAAAGCCCGCGCCUUCCACUUCCACGCCGCCUCCAACCACCACAAGCCCACCUUCCCCGCCUCCCAAGCCAACCACGGCUCCUGCGCCAAGACCCACGCCGGCCGCUCCAGCUCCAAGAACCGAGCCGACCUCCCCCUCCCCCACUGCCUCGCCCCCCGCCCACGCCCCGCCGCACGCCAAGCCAUCGCCCCCUCCCUCGGCCGGCCACCGCCCGCAGCUGCCGACGCCGGCCACGGCCGUCGACCCGGCCAACCAGCACGGCAGGAGCCCCAACAAGUCCUCCACGCAGUCCGCCGGGGAGCGGGGCAAGGCCUCCGCCACGCCGAGCAACAACGGGGGGGCCAGCAACAGCGUCGUCAUCGCCGUCGGCGCCGUGCUCGCCUUCCUGGUGGUCACCCUCAUAGCGGCCGCCGUUCUCUACACCAAGAAGCGCCGGAGGGGGAGGGACGACUACCGCCCCGGGUUCAGGUCGCCGCCGUACUCUUCUUCAGAGCUACCACCCUCAGGUUCAGUUCCUUCGGGCGGCGGCUCGGCGAACGCGGCAAUGUUGUCGUCGGCCGACCCCUCCGUCCACACCAACUACAGCGCCGGGAGCCCGAGACUGAAAGCGUGCCUGUCCGACAUGAGCGUGGGCAACUCGCGCUUCUUCACGUACCAAGAAAUGUACCAGAUCACCGACGGCUUCUCGCCGCGCAAUUUGCUCGGCCAAGGAGGGUUCGGGUCGGUGUACAAGGGCCGGCUGCCCGAAGGGAAAGACGUGGCUGUCAAGCAGCUGAGGGAUGGCAGUGGGCAAGGGGAGCGCGAGUUCCAAGCCGAGGUGGAGAUAAUCAGUCGGGUGCAUCACCGGCAUUUGGUGUCUCUCGUGGGGUACUGCAUUGACAAUAGCCAAAGGCUGCUCGUCUACGAUUUCGUGUCGAAUGACACCCUGCAUUAUCAUCUCCACGGACAGGGAAGGCCUGUUUUAGAGUGGUCGGCUAGGGUUAAAAUUGCUGCCGGUGCUGCUCGUGGAAUAGCAUACCUGCAUGAAGAUUGCCAUCCAAGGAUAAUCCACCGAGACAUCAAAUCCUCAAACAUUUUGUUGGAUAAUAACUUUGACGCACUGGUGGCCGAUUUUGGUCUUGCAAGACUGGCUUUGGAUGCUGUAACACAUGUAACUACACGGGUUAUGGGGACAUUUGGAUACAUGGCUCCAGAGUAUGCAUCGAGUGGCAAAUUGACUGAGAAAUCUGAUGUGUUCUCUUUUGGUGUUGUACUUUUAGAGCUUAUGACUGGUCGAAAGCCUGUUGAUUCAUCCAGACCAUUGGGUGAUGAGAGCCUUGUUGAGUGGGCUAGACCAUUGCUUAGUCGAGCUCUUGAGACGGGAAAGCUGGAAGGGUUAGUCGACCCCAGGCUUGAGAGGAAUUUCAAUGAGGUCGAAAUGUUCCGUAUGAUUGAGUCUGCAGCAGCCUGCAUUCGACACUCGUCAUCAAAGAGGCCCAGAAUGAGCCAGGUGGUGCGGGUCCUCGAUAGCUUAGCGGAUAUUGACCUAACAAACGGUGUCCAGCCAGGGCAAAGCGAGCUCUUCAACGUGGCAAACACCGCGGAUAUCAGGAUGUUCCAGCAGAUGGUGCAGGGCAACCAGGACGACAGUUCCGCCUUCAGCCAAUAUAGCUGGAUCAGUCGCAGUAGGGCCGACGCCGAAGCGACCUCCUCAAACUCCCGGAUCUUGUGAUCAUCUUUGUUUCUGUGCUCCACGUGUACGUAGCCAUUCUUCUCGACCCACUGAUUCGGCCGGGCUGUGUCGACCAUCGAAAAAAGUCUGGUGUAAUUCUUGCCUUGUUACGAUGAUUGCUCGUGUGUAGAUCACACGAGGAAGAUGUACUCUUGUUUGACAAAUUAUUAAGCUAGCUGUUGUUGUGGUUGUUGA